AACAAAAUUGACAAUUUGGGAGAUUGAUAAUUUGAUAUACUUUUUUAAUUUUGAGGAAAACAACCUCACUCUUUUUGUUUGGGAAAUUUUUCUUUAUUGGUCAUGACGGAAUAGAUUUGAAGUCUAUUUUGUCAUGGCAAUAUGGGAUUGCGAACACUAUCACUAUCCAGUUUUACCAGUCCAGCAUCUGGUUCGAUACAGAACAAAUUAUGGACAAGUAUGCAAGUCAUAAUUUUUCAUUUAUUCUUUUGAUUUUUAAUAUAAAUUAGUCACUAAUGUUCGUAUUCUUUUUGUGUGUAUAUUAGCUUAGUAAUGUUCAUGUCAACUAAGGCUGCAAAAAUACCACUGUUACUAUGUAUUAGGAAAACAAAGUGAAAAUUAGUAAACGUUGAUGAAAUCAUUGAAAUAGGAUUAAUUAUGAAGACUAAGAAAUUACUAGAUGAUAACUCUUUAGAUUCUAAAUUACCAUUUCCAAGUUAGACAAUUACAUUAUAUAAAUAUUUAAAUUUAUUAAAAGUUAAUUUGUUUAAUGGAUAAUUUUUAGAGUUGUCAAAUUGGUUUUAUGUCAUUAUAGUGGCAUGUAUGUCUGUACUGUGCUAUAGUAACUCGUAUUAUGGUGCAUUUGUGUUUGAUGAUUCUGAGGCGGUUGUAAACAAUCAUGAUGUAAAUCUAAAAACGCCUUUGAUUAAGAUUUUUAGCCAUGACUUUUGGGGCACCAGAUUAACAAACCAUGCCAGUCACAAGUCAUAUAGACCUCUUACAAUAUUGUCAUUCAGGUACACCCAUCAUAUUUCUAUAAAAUAUUCUAUUUCAACAUAAAAAUAAUAAUUAAAUAUUUUAUCGUUUUUAGGUUUAACGUUUGGGUAAAUAAUGGAAUUUUGUCUCCUAAAGCAUUUCACCUAACCAAUAUUAUUUUACAUGCAUUUGUUUCUUGUCAGUUCUUAUUUGUUUAUAAUUUAUUAUUUAAUGGAAAUGCACCUAAGACUUCAUUCCUAGCUGCCCUCAUGUUUGCUGUGCAUCCUGUUCAUGUUGAAGUGGUAUGUAAAUGUAAUCUUAUUAAAUAUAUUGAUUGUAUUAUCAAGGAAGGUAAAGCAUUUGAUUAAUGAUUUUCAGGUGUCUGGAGUUGUUGGUCGUGCUGAUUUACUUAGUACAUGUAUAUCUCUUUUUGUUUUCAUCAUUUAUCAAAAAGCUGCAAAAACCAAGCAAAUAACUACAAUGACCAACUUUAUAAUUACAUUAAUUUGUUGUAUUUUAAGUUGUAUGGCUAUGCUGUGUAAAGAACAAGGACUCAUGAUCAUGGUAAAACUACUACUAUUAUUAUUAUAUUAAUUAAAUUUAAGAAAAUAACUAAAAUAACAUAUUAUUACUAUAAUUACAGACAUUCUGUGGUGUUUACGAAGUGAUUGUAAUCAACAAAAUUACAUUUCACAGUUUAAUGAAACAUGUUAAAAUCUCAAAGAUGACUAAAUUAUUUAAAAAAGAAUCAUCAGAAAGGUUGUUUUUCUUAGUAAUGGGUUUUUUUUUAAUUCUUUAUGGCAGAUGGACUGUUAUGGGAUCACCUCCUGUUUUCCAACAAAUUGAUAAUCCCGCGUCAUUUUUAAAAUCUCCAAUUGAAAGGGUAUAUAUUAAACUAAAAUUUUAUUUGUAUUUUAUAUCUAAAAGUUAAUCAUUGCAACUAACUAGAAAUUCAAACAUUUUUCAGAUAAUAAAUUAUAGUUUCAUCUAUAUAAUAAAUAUAUGGAUAUUGAUAUGUCCUGUUUGGUUGUGUUUUGACUGGUCAAUGGGUUGUAUAUCUUUGAUACAAUUAAAUACAUUUCCUAAAGAUCUAAGAAUGUUCAUUGUUUUUGGAUUUUGGACUAUUCUUUUAUUAGUAAUUUAUAAACUUUUUUUUUCGAAGAACUAUGAUAAAAACUUUGAUAAAAAGUAUAUUUGAUCUGUUAUAAAAAUGAAUAUCAAUGUUUAAUGUUUAAAUAAUAGAUUUUUUUUUUUCUAGACAAAUACAAAUGGGAUUUUUAUUAGGCCUAUUGUCAUUUCUACCUGCUUCAAAUUUAAUGUUUACAGUUGGUUUUGUCAUUGCAGAACGAGUUCUAUACUUACCUUCAGCUGGUUUUAUCAUAAUUGUAGUCUUGGGUAUCAGACGAUUAUGUUUUAACUCUUUUACUCAAAAAGUAAAUGAAUUUAUAAAUUAAAUAAUAUUGUGUAUAAUUAAAUACUUUACUUUAUUAUGUUUUAGGUAGUUGGAAUGUUUAUUAUUUUGUUGGUAUAUAUGCAUUCUGUUCGAACAUAUAAUCGCAGUAAGGAUUGGAAUAAUGAAUUAAAUUUGUUCCAAAGUGCUUUAAAAGUUUGUCCGAUGAAUGCUAAAGUGCAUUAUAAUUUAGCCAAAAGUUUAGCUGAUAUUGGAAAAACAGAGGAAGCUAUAAACUGUUAUAAACACGCAUUAUUGUAAAUUUUUAUAUAAUUCAUGCAAAGUAAAACAAAAAUUAUGAAAUGUUAUAAUACUUAUUAGAUUACAUCCAAAUUAUGAUCAAGCAAUGAACAAUUUAGCAAAUAUUUUGAAAGAUCAGAACGAGCUGGAAGAAGCUAGAUUUUUAUUAGAAAAAGCUGUUACAAUUAGGUAAAAAUAAAAUGUCUUGACUAUUUUAAUUAUCCAAUAUUUUGGUUUUGAAAUUUGUUUUUUGUAUAUUUUUGGAAUCAAUCUCUAUGAUGCUAAUAUUAAAAAUGAUAUUUCCCAGUUGAAAAUGUAUGUUUUUAAUAUUUUUAUUCUAGAAUAAUUAACAAUCUAAUAACAAAAUAAUUGUUUUAAUUGUUUAGGUAUUUAUUUUAAAUUAAGUUUUUAUAGGUUUAAAUGUUAAAUGCAUUUUUCAUAAAACAUUUUUGUUUUUAUAUCAAUAUACUAUGUUUUGUUUUUAAGCUUUAACAAAUUUUGCUUAACAUCUAAUAAUAAAAUAACACAAUACCACCUAAUCCAGUAACCCGUCAAUUAUAAUACUAAACUUUUUUUUCUAUUAUUUUUAAAAUAAAUUGCAUAGCUUUCUUUACUUUAAUUUUUGUAUUUUCAGUUUUUAAUAUUAAUUUAUAAUAUAUACUUAGAAUAAUUAAUUAAUAUAUAUAUAAAUGUGUUCACUUUAAGGAAUGAUUUUGCUGCUGCUUGGAUGAAUUUAGGUAUUGUUUUAUCUGCUCAACAAAAAUACAUUAAAGCAGAAAAUGCAUAUUUAACAGCCCUACAACAUCGUAAAAGUUAUCCUCAUUGUUACUUUAACUUGGGAAAUCUUGUAAGAAAAAUUAUAUACGAAAAAUUUUAUUGUAUAAUGUAUUUUAUGUUAUGUUUAGUAUUUAGAGAUGGGAGAGAAUACUAAAGCGUUAUUUGCUUGGCAAAAUGCUACAUUUCAACAGCCAACACAUGUUAUUUCAUGGAAUAAUAUGAUUGUACUGUUAGAGUCAAUUGGCCAAUUGAAGCACGCAGAACACGUUGCACGCACUGCUCUAUCCAUUUUACCAAAUGAACCAAAUUUAUAUUUCAAUAUAGCAAACAUAUUGGGUAAAAUGGAUAAGUUUGUAGAAGCUGAAAAACAUUUUCUAGCUGCCAUUCAAUUAAAACACUUGGCUUCUAAGAUUCAAAUAGUUGCUUUGUAUCAUUCCAAUUUGGGUAAAUAAGAUCAAUAUAUUUACAUUAAGAAUUAAUUUAUAAUAAGUUUAUUUCUCUGUAGGUGUCUUAUAUCAUCGCUGGGAAAAAUAUGAUCUUGCCGAAAAACAUUACAAACAAGCAUUAAGAAUUGAUCCAAAAAUUCAAAAAGUUAGAAAUAAUCUUGCCUUACUUUAUAAACAAUUACAAGAAAUAAAUCAAUCCACUCUUAAUACCAAAUCUAAUCAAUAUGAAAAAGACUUAUAAUACUUUGUGAAUGAGAAAGUUGUUAUAUGUUUGAUUAUGAUAUGUGAGUAUUUUAUUGAACGCAUUCCAAAAGACAUCCAUAAUCUAACAUUAAUAUAAUAUUUCAGUAUUAUUGAAUACAUUAAGUUAUACUUUUUUUUUAAUACUAGUUAGGUACAGUGAAAAACUAUGGUUGUGAUUUUUUUUUUUAUAUAUAUAUGAACAUUUAACAUAAAUCUAUUGUGUUAAGAUUGUAUUUAUGGUUAAAUAAGACGUUUUAAAAAAUUGAGAGCACAUUAAGUAUGCAUUUAUCAUCUCGUACAAACAGGCAAUACAAACAAAAUGUGUUCUUAUAGUAUUUCCAGGCCUCAAUGUUUAUAUAAACAUAUGUUGGGCCCCAAAUAAAAAUGAAAGCUUUAUAAAAUGUUUAUAGAACUGUUUUGUUAAUAUAUAGGGUUAAACAACCCUAUUUUAUUUUAUUUUAAAUUUGCGUUAUAAAAAAUACUUUCAAAAAAUUGGCAGAUGAAGAUUUCAAAACAAACUGUUCUAUAGUAAUUUGGUAAAACUUCUCAUGUUUAUUUUAUUACCAAAUUAAAUUAAUAAGACAAGGUCUUAGUAUGAAAACACAUUUUUGCUAUGUUGCCCAUUAGAUUUACAGAGAUUGUGUUGUUCCAUGUCAUCUUAAGAUCUAUUAACUUAAGUGAAUUAGUUUAUAAUUAUAAAUCGAAAUUGUUGUAGUUUAAAUACUUUACUUUUAAAAAUGUAAACUUAUUCUAAUUACUAUGUUACAAUAUUUGUUCCAUUAGUGCAAUACAAUUUUUUUAAAUAAUUAGUUAUUAAGUCAAUGAGGUCAUAGAUUUAUAAUUGAAAUUUAAUUAGGUACUUAACAUUAAAUUAAUAGAAUUUCUAUAGGUAUGGCAUACUUUUAAACAUAAUUAAUUAUUUUGUAAUAUUUUUAUGUUAAAUUAUACAAUUUAGAACAAAUUUAUUUGGUCAACUUUGAUUAAAUUUUAAGUUGUUUUUUAUUUUAUACCUACUGUAUAACUAUGGAAUUUAGAUUAAUGACUAUUUAGUCAUUAUUUUAACAUGAACAUAUAUUUAAUUAAAUUUAUAAUGUGUAUUUUUUUUGGAUUUAAGUAAAAUGUAUU